AUGUAUUUCAUUUAUCUACCUAUCUUAUUCUUUAUUUCCAUCGUAACUGCUGCCAAUAACCCAAUUAAUGUAUGUAACAAAGCCGUUCAAGUACCAGCACAAGCACCACCACCUCAAAUGCAAACUAUACAACGCCCAACUGUCGAUCCAAACUUGUGUCUUGAUUUGGACCCUCAAGCAUGUUCAGAAAUAUUUAAAUUAGAUAUGCCAGAACAAGCAAUUCCAGAGCAACUCAACCCGUAA